AGUGACAGCGCGCGCGUGAAAAGCCUCUGUCCUUGUUUCUAAGAGGACUUACGCCGCAUUCCCUCCAGGCAGCAAGACCAGCGACCAUCUCCCAUGCCAUCUUAAUCAAAUAUGACUGUGCUUCACUCCUUGAAUGGAUUAAUGCCUAUGUAACCGCUCAUUUGCUCUCCCUCCCUUAUCUGCGUCCAAGUUUAAAGCCUAUUCUGUGGUCAUGGGGUCUAUAGUGUCAUUUUUGCCUAGGCUAAAGGUCUAAAGCGGAUACCGAGUGGAUCUAUGGUCCUUACAGACAAAAGAAACAGCACAGGGAAAUUAGUGGAAGUUUGAGAUAAGGGAGGAUGCGGGCGACGUGUUGGUGUGCCGUGUUUCUCCUCACUCCGGCUGUCUACCUGGUUUCAAGUGCCCACGGUUCUAUCCCGGGGAAGUCGGAGCUGCUCAAAUCAGGGAGCCCCAAGUCGACACUAAAGCAUAUAUGGACAGAAAGCAGUAAGGACUUGUCCAUUAGUCGACUUCUAUCACAGACUCUCCAUGGGAAGGAAAAUGCAACAGCCCUGGACCUGCACUAUGACACUCCGGAGCCUUACUCAGAGCAGGACCUCUGGGACUGGCUGAGGAAUACCACGGACCUGCAGGACUCCAGGCCUCGAGCCAAACGGCGGCCAAUGGUCAAGACGGGCAAGUUCAAGAAAAUGUUCGGCUGGGGAGAUUUCCACUCCAACAUCAAAACGGUCAAGCUCAACCUUCUGAUCACUGGUAAGAUCGUCGAUCACGGCAACGGCACCUUCAGCGUCUUCUUCCGCCAUAACUCCACGGGCCAGGGCAAUGUGUCCGUCAGCCUGGUCCCGCCGAGCAAAAUCGUUGAGUUUGAUUUGACGGCCCAGCAGUCGGUCAUUGACUCCAAGGAUUCCAAGUCCUUCAACUGCCGCAUCGAGUAUGAGAAAGUUGAGAAGGGCUCCAAGAACACACUCUGCAACUUCGACCCGUCUAAGACAUGUUACCAAGAGCAGACACAAAGCCACGUAUCCUGGCUCUGCUCAAAGCCCUUCAAAGUCAUUUGCAUUUACAUCUCCUUCUACAGCACCGACUACAAGCUUGUGCAGAAAGUCUGCCCAGAUUAUAACUACCACAGUGAUACUCCUUACUUCCCUUCCGGCUGAAGGUAGCCGCUGACGUCCCACAUGAAGGACAACGAGGCAAAGGAUGGAGCUCUCUCCCCAUCCACAACAAAUACAUGUUCCCCCGUACUGCCCAUACCAUACGCUCAUGGCCCAGAUCUAUUAAAACAACUUGAAAAGAGAAGUAUUUGGCUAUUUGCACAAGGACCACACGAAAACUUUAAUUUGAGGGCAUAACGUAGUGCUUUUGUUUGCUCACUUUGUAUCCUUUAAGUUACGGCACACAUUAUUGUUAAUUUAUUGUUUAUAUAUUUUAAUGUUCUUAGAAUAUUAUUUUACCACUGGGGUGUUGCUUGUAUGACCAUGUACACUCACAAUUUUGUCCUGUAAUGUUCUGUUUUAAUUUAGAAAUGUACAAGUAUGAACGUUUAUUAGAACUGCCAAGAGAUCAUGAGGGUGUAGAUACAAUAGGACUUUUUCAUUUCGAUGGUAGUUUGCCUCAGAAGAGAUGUCGUAGGAGAAUUAAUCGCAGUCAGAAUCUCAAUGUUCCCUCCACCUACAAACUUUUGAACAGCCCUGGAGCCCCCAUGCGUUCUUGAGUUAUUCCUCCUAGCCCAAAGGCCCAAAGGUGAGGACAAUGGCUUUGUUCUGCUGGUUAUGAGCAGGCCUUAACUACAGGCAUGUUUUCUACCUAUUACAAGGAAGCUGUACUGUAAUAAUUAUGGAUUGUUCGGCCCUAGCUGUGUCCUGUAGUUCAAUAAGAUCCAGGAAUGAUUGGAGGGCUUGCUCACUGUCACUUAUAAUACACUGUAAUGUAAUGAAUUCUAUAUUAUAGAGCCUAAUUUGUAUGAAUGGUUUGUAUUGUACAUAGUUUAUCCUGAUGGAGCUGCUUCUGUAUAUGCGUUCACUCAUUGUCUGUUAACCCAAAACCCCACACUCUCUCUCUCCCAGCUCCCAAUCCCAUAUUUGCUUGUUCUCGGUUCUUUGGGGAAAGAAACGGAUGUUGCUGAUGUAGAUGUGAACUCCAUGAAAUCCAUGCUCUUGUACAGGGCUGUAAAACUGUCAAAAAUAUAUAUUAGAAGUAAUUAUCAUCUGUAUGAUCAUGUUUACUUUCAGGGGGAAC